CUCGCCCGCGCCGCCUGCAUAUCAUCUGGACGAAUGAAAGAGAGAGGGAAACAAGAGAAGAACGGAAACCAUCCAGCCUUAAAGGAGAACAGUCCGAGAACGAGCUCUAACAAUUGCCACUUGAGCCAUCAAGGCAGCCUUUGUUUCAAGUGCGUCAUCAAUGGAUACUUCAAUUACCAAGAGUCUAGGAAUUCAGGAAGCAAAGGUUUAGCGUGUAUUCCUGAAGAUUCAAAGUGAUCACAUUCCAUGUGGUCACCAUGCCUAAGAAGAGGGUUCCACACAAGAACAAGAAAGGGGAACAGUUAUCAGCAAAGGACAGCCCAAGAAACACCAAAGAUGAGAAUUCAAAAGAACCCAGUACCGAUCCCCAAGGGACACCAGGAGACGAAGAGAAAGCACGGCCCAUGAUGGAUGGAGCCACAGCAAUAGCUGCAAUGCGACUUGAAGAGGAAGACGUUCAACGAGACAGCAUGGCUCUACUCCAAAACAGCAGCCGACUGGUUGACCAACCUUCAUGCGAUGUGGAAGUACAAGAGAACUUGCUAGAGAAUCUGCCAGAGCUCACCGAACUCACUCUGUGGAAGGUCAGUGAGGUCAUUUCACCGCACAGAUUCAUGCCAUUGGGACUGAAGCUUGGUCUACCUCAGAUAAAGCUGAAGAUCCUGCUUGAUGAAAGAAGCCCCAUGUGCCAACAGGAAGAGAAAACCUUCAUGAUGCUCUACCAGUGGUACAAUGACCAAGGAGGUGACCUGUCCAAGUUCUUCUUCAAGGUUCUGACAACAGAUGAGGGUCUAGACCAGGAACAAGUCUUCAAAUUGUUUUUUGAGCAGCAGCACACAUGCAACAGCUUUUUUGGAAGAUCUUUCCAGGAUUUGCAGCUGUGGGAUAUAGCAGAGGAACUCCAUGUGGCUAAGUUGAUCCCAUUGAGUCUUCGACUAGGUCUGACCUAUGCGAGGAUCUGCAGUAUUCGAGAGGACAGCAACAGUCAUUCUGUAGAUGUUCGCUACAACGUCAUGGUGAAGUGGCAAAAGGAACAAACAGCUCAGAUCGACCAGGUCGAAACUCUCGCCAGGAUUCUGGAGGCAUGCCGUGAGAGAAGAAUAGCAUAUAAGAUCCGUAAGUUUUCAAAGUGCAACGUCAAGAACACAGAUGUAAUUCAUGUUUUCAUUUGA